AUGGGGAAUAAACAGGGCAAAAGAAAAAAAUACGAACUAUGUGAAAUUCAGUACGAACAAGAAUUUGAAGUAAAGCCUCCAUGGAAUGAACUGAUUAUAUGGGCACUUGAAGAUUUAAAUGCAAACUUAAAUAUAAUUAUUAUUAAAAAUAUAAUUGAAGAAAUAAAAGAUAUAACAGCAAAUGAGGAAACAUUUUUUAACGCAACUGAAGGAUAUAACAUAGGAGGUUUUAUGUUUGAUAAUAAAUAUGUUACAUGGGCUUCAUUUUUAUUAAAAGAAAUUAAAAGCUUAAAAAAAGUGAGAUAUAAUAUUGUACCUAAAUUAAUUAGCGAAGAUGAAUUUUGGCUAAAAUAUUUUUCAACUAUAAAAAUGAUAAUAGUCAAACAAGCAUUUGAAAAUAAGAAGCUAUGA